UGUAUGCGCACACUAUAAAUAACCGGCCAUAUACAUCAUUAUCUUCCAUCAGAUCUAAGCUUAACCUUCUCAUCAUCACAAGUUUAAGCCAAGAUAUUAAGAGAAAGAAGAGGAAGAGAAAAAAUGGCAGAAAAGGGGGGUUUAAUGUUAUUAAAGCUUGUUUUACUUCUAAGUUUAUCAACUGGUGCUCUUGGCUACCGAAGUGGUGGUUUCCGUGCAUUUUACUUUGUGCAACAGUGGUUGGGAUCAUACUGUAAUCAAAGAAACACACCAUGUUGUUACCCACCAACAGGAAAGCCAAACCCAGAUUUUACAAUUUAUGGGCUAUGGCCUUACUACAAUGAUGGUAGUUUCCCCUACAAUUGUGGGGAUGACAACUACGACGUUGGCCGGAUUAAGUACAUGCAAGACAGGCUACGAAAAUCAUGGCCAACUUUCACAUGCCCACAAAUAGGAAGGAAAUUUUGGGUACAUUUGUGGAAUAAGCAUGGAACAUGCACCAAAUCAAUGCUUGGUGAAAUAGACUACUUGGAAGGUGCUUUACAUCUCAAGAGCAAGGUUAACGUCUUCCAAGCCCUCUUGAGAGCCGGAAUCCGACCCGACAACCGGUUUUAUUCUCUCAAGUCCAUCAAGAAGGCCAUUGCUCGAGCCACUGGGUUUCACCCUUGGAUUGUUUGUAACACAAAUGCUCAAGGUCACAAGCAAAUUUGGCAGGUUACUUUGUGUGCAGAUAAAACUGCCAAGAAACUCAUCAAAUGUCCUUACAUUCCUAGAGGACGUGGUAAUUGUGGUAACAGAAUCCAAUUUCCAUCCUAUUAUUAAGGACAAUUAAUUAUUGUAACAAUAAUGAAGUACAAGUAGUAUUAAGCUAUGACUAUAUAUCCAAAUUGUCAUUAAGGUAAAGGACUGUUUCCACUUUUUAUCAUGUACUUGUAUAUUAUAUGCUCAAUAUAUUUAAUUAAUAUUCAACCUUCAAUAGCAUUCAUCAUUUCAUA